GGCCUUGGCUGCCAUCUUGGCGCGCGCGGGAUUCCCUCCCCGGACUCCUACUGGAGUGCGCUGUGUACCACUUCCCGUGGCAUCCCACUGAGGUAACCCGCGGCCCGGGCAGCGGCUGGUGCAGCCAGGAGGCCUUCCCUACAGCCGAGAUGCCCGGCGUGCAGCUGCCGCCCAAGGAAAGCGCCCUCUUCAAGCGCGUGCUGAAAUGCUAUGAACAGAAGCAGUACAAAAAUGCCCUCAAGUUUUGCAAGAUGAUUCUUGCAAACCCGAAAUUUGCUGAACAUGGAGAGACUUUGGCUAUGAAAGGAUUAACGUUGAGCUGUUUAGGAAAAAGAGAAGCAGCGUUUGAAUUUGUUCGAAAAGGACUUCGCAGUGACGUCAGGAGUCAUGUCUGUUGGCAUGUAUAUGGACUCCUGCAACGUUCUGAUAAGAAGUACGAUGAGGCUAUUAAGUGCUACCGAAAUGCCCUCAAAUUAGAUAAAGAUAACUUGCAGAUCUUGAGGGAUCUCUCUCUGUUGCAGAUUCAGAUGAGAGACCUUGAAGGUUAUCGAGAGACAAGAUACCAACUUCUUCAGUUGCGUCCGACACAGCGUGCUUCCUGGAUUGGAUAUGCCAUUGCUUACCAUUUGCUGAAAGAUUAUGAUAUGGCACUAAAACUAUUAGAAGAAUUUAGACAAACGCUGCAAGUUCCUCCCAACAGAGUAUCUUAUGAAUAUAGUGAACUGUUACUGUAUCAGAAUCAAGUGAUGAGAGAGGCAAAUUUAUUUCAGGAAUCUUUGGAACAUAUAGAAACAUAUGAGAGGCUGAUAUGUGAUAAACUCUUGGUGGAAGAAAUUAAGGGAGAAAUGCUAUUAAGAUUGGGAAGAUUAAAAGAAGCCAGUGAAGUAUUCAAAAACUUGAUUGAUCGGAAUACAGAAAAUUGGUGUUAUUAUGAAGGCUUGGAAAAGGCAUUGCAACUCCGCUCUUUAGACGAGAGGCUUCAGAUUUAUGAAGAAAUCAGUAAGCAGUACCCCAGAGCUGUUUCACCGAGAAGAUUACCGCUGAAUCUUGUCCCAGGUAAAAAAUUUCGAGAACUCAUGGACAAAUUCUUGAGAUCAAACUUGAGCAAAGGGUGUCCUCCUUUGUUCACUAUGUUGAAAUCUUUGUAUUGUAAUACAGAAAAGGUUUCAAUAAUCCAAGAACUUGUUACUAAUUAUGAAGCUUCUCUUAAAAUGAAUGGCUUUUUUAGCCCUUAUGGUAAUGGGGAAAAGGAACCCCCAACAACUCUACUCUGGGUCCAGUAUUUCCUGGCUCAGCACUUUGAUAAACUUGGACAGUAUUUACUAGCUUUGGAAUAUAUUAAUGCUGUGAUUGCUAGUACUCCAACUCUAAUAGAAUUAUUCUACAUGAAAGCAAAAAUUUACAAGCACAUGGGCAAUCUCAUAGAGGCUGUACAGUGGAUGGAUGAAGCACAGUCUUUGGACACAGCUGAUCGAUUCAUCAACUCCAAGUGUGCCAAGUACAUGCUUCGCGCAAACAUGAUAAAAGAAGCAGAGGAAGUGUGCUCCAAGUUCACAAGGGAAGGAACAUCUGCCAUGGAAAAUCUAAAUGAAAUGCAGUGUAUGUGGUUUGAGACAGAGUGCAUUUUGGCCUAUCAGCGCCUGGGGAGAUAUGGGGAUGCCUUGAAAAAAUGCCACGAAGUAGAAAGGCAUUUUUUUGAGAUAACAGAUGAUCAAUUUGACUUCCAUACAUACUGCAUGAGAAAGAUGACCCUCCGUGCUUAUGUUGAUCUCUUGAGAUUAGAAGAUACUCUCAGAAGACAUACUUUUUAUUUCAAAGCUGCUAGAUCAGCAAUUGAAAUAUAUUUGAAAUUACAUGAUAACCCUUUAACCAGUGAAAGCAAACAACAAGACAAAGAUUCAGAAAAUCUGUCAGCCAAAGAACUGAAGAAAAUGCUUAGCAAGCAAAGAAGAGCUCAGAUAAAGGCUAAGUUAGAAGAGAAAAAACACACAGAAAGGGAACGUCAGCAGAAAAAUCAAAAGAAAAAAGGAGAAGAUGAAGAAGAAGCCGCCACCAGUGGUCCUAAGGAAGGACUUCUACCUGAAAAACUAGAAAGGAUCAACAAUCCAUUAGAAGAAGCCAUCAAAUUCCUUACUCCUCUAAAGACCCUGGCUGCUGGUAACAUUUACACCCACCUACUGGCAUUUGAAAUAUAUUUUAGAAAAGGGAAGCUUUUGCUAAUGUUGCAGUCUGUUAAACGAGCCUUUGCCAUUGACAGUAAUAAUCCUUGGUUACAUGAAUGCUUGAUUAAGUUUUCUAAAUCUGUAUCUAAUCACAGUAAUCUUCCAGACAUUGUGAACAAAGUUCUAGCUCAUGAAAUGAAGAAAAUAUUUGUCAACAAAGAUUUGCACAGCUUUAAUGAGGAUUUCCUCAAACACAAUGCUACCUCUCUUCAGCAUCUACUUGCAGGCGCUAAAAUGAUGUAUUUUCUGGACAAGUCAAGGCAAGAGAAAGCAAUUGCUACAGCCACUAGGUUGGAUGAAACUAUAAAAAAUAAAAAUGUGAAGACUCUAAUAAAGGUUUCUGAGGCGCUGCUGGAUGGCAGCUUUGGGAACUGUAGUUCGCAGUAUGAAGAGUACAGGAAGGCCUGCCAUAACCUGCAUCCACUUACACCUGCCUUCCUGCCUGCUGCGAAUGAAGCCCUCGGUCCCAGCACUGCACUGAAUCACACAGCUGGCCACAAGCUCUUGACACGUGAACUUUGAAAUUUUGAGGGAAGUUGGUUCCUACAGACAGCUAAAUUCACACCAGGGCCUCUUUUCUAGUGUACGUUUUCACAUUGAUAUGAAAUAAAAUAUUUGGAUAGAAAUUUUAAAUGGAGUAUUGUGUAAACUUAUUUCAUGCUGUGUCUAGCCUCCAAUUCACAUAGACAUCUGUUACAAUUACUUGUUUAUACUUGUACAAUCUUAACUCU